AUGUCACCGUUGCGACCCACCGCAGCCCCCCAGGAACCAGGAAUGAAUGCGCCGCUAGAAGUCGGAGGCGCACCCGUUCAUUUCCAAGCAUCACCCACAAGCAGUCGACUCGGAAACUCCAUCAUCGUCGCACAUUACCGCAACGCCCAGCUGCAGCCUGCCAGCCUCGUUCUCCCAUCUCGAGUGCUUUGUUUCUCCUGCGACUGGCCGCAGCAUUUGCGGCAGGAUCACCGUAAAUCGGCGACAAUGUUUGCCAUUCCCCCUCCACCUAGAUAUCCUACGAAUAGCAAUUUAAUAGCGACUACUCUUGAGACUGCAAAUACUCUCACGUUCCGCGAAGGAUCGGAAUAUACAUUUCAAGCCGGCGAAGGUCGAUAUAUCUUGCGAGAUGAUCUGCAACUGGCCACUCCUCCUCCACAUCCUUCAGAGGCUCCUGUCGUGAAUCCAAAUCCCCUAAGCACAAGCCUCAAUCCACCAACAAGCGGCGUCAAACUCUCCCUCGUUUCCCUAAACCCGAAGCAGAUCAACACAGACCUGUAUAAGACCACCACCGCUACGAGCAGUUUGCUACGGUGGAGAUCUCUUGGGCUGAACAACUCAAAGGAGCCAAAGGAAUCCAAGGAACAGAAGGAGGCUAGAGAGGUCAAAGAGGCGGAGAAAGAACCAAGGUUAUCUAUCGAGACCACAAGCGAUACGAGUAAUCCCGCAGCGUCUGCCAAUGGCAGCAACAAAUCGAGUGUGAAGGUCUUUGGAGAGGGAAAUGCUGCUCUGUCUCCGGUAAUCAGUAGGGGCGACAACCUGAAGCGACGAAAACCAAAGAACAACAUCGUCAAGAGCAAUUCGUCCUUCGUCUCUCGGGUCAUCCCACACGAGUCGCUUGCGAAGAAGUUAGUGGAACGAGACCAAGGCGGAACUUUUUGCUUUGCAAACAUCAAUCGAGCAUUUCAAUGGCUGGAUCUGUCCUCGAGCACGAAGCAGGACCCGAUGACCAAGAUUCUCUUCACCAAGGCACACAUGUUAUGCCACGAUGUUAACGCAAUGACAAAGCACUCGACCCAUAUGGACGUCAUUAUGGGAUCUUCAGCGAGUGAUAUUAUUUGGUAUGAGCCAAUGUCUCAAAAAUACGCACGCAUCAAUAAGAACGGGAUCAUCAAUAAUUCCGCUGUUGCCAAAAUCAAAUGGAUACCUGGAUCCGAAAACCAUUUUCUUGCAGCGCAUAUGGACGGUAUGCUCGUCGUUUAUGAUAAAGAAAAGGAAGAUGCACCUUUCGUGUCGGAAGAGUUGGUGGACGAGGGCAUCAGCAUUGAAGAUGAGGACCAGUCUACGCUCGCCAUCACCAAGAGCGUGAACUCUUCCAACCAGAGAACGAACCCAGUUGCCUGCUGGAGGAUCUCGAAUCAGGCCAUCACCGACUUUGCCUUUUCGCCGGACAGCAAGCACCUCGCUGUAGUGGGAGACGAUGGCUACCUCCGCAUAAUUGACUAUCUACAGGAAAGGCUCACUGAUCUAUAUUCAUCCUAUUACGGCGGCUUCACAUGUGUCUGCUGGUCGCCUGACGGCAAAUAUGUGCUCACUGGCGGUCAAGAUGACCUUGUGACGAUCUGGUCGCUAGCUGAGCGACAAAUUAUCGCACGAUGCCCCGGUCAUGACUCUUGGGUGACUGCCGUGGCCUUUGAUCCGUGGCGGUGUGAUGAAAGAACCUAUCGUUUUGGUAGUGUAGGGGACGAUUGCAAGCUCCUGCUAUGGGAUUUCAGCGUCGGGAUGCUUCAUCGACCGAAAGGGGCCACUGCAAGACCGAGAGGAAGCAUCUCGGCGCAGUCGGUAUCAUUGCUUCGACAACGAACGGAGAGCACAAGCAUGGUCAAUCGGGUUAGAUCUGAUUCCAACCGGACCGGGAGUUUCAAAGAAGACAUCGUCGAUGAAUCAGAAUUCCUCAACCAUGCUGUCGAACCGAGAGCACGAACUGCGCAACUACCUCCUGUCAUGUCCAAGAAGAUCGAUGAACAUCCAUUGAGUGGACUAGCAUUCGAACAGGAUUGUAUCAUUACUUCUUGUCUAGAAGGGCACGUGCGAACAUGGGACCGACCUCGAGAAAACGUCAACGGCAGUCAAAUUGACCUAUCCGGGAAGGGCAGAAUAUGA